AUGAUCCACUACCAGCAUGGUAGCUGGGGCAUCUGCUUCCUCUGGCAGCUCAGAGGGUCCACGCUCCCGAAGGGACUCAUGUGGGCCAUCCCCUGGGCCGCAGUGGCGGGCAUGCUCACCUGGGCCAAGAUGCGGUCGGGCGAGAACUACGAGCCGGUGGAUGCUGGGACGCUUUUGGGAGCCUACGGCUUCUUCAUUUCGCUGCUGGCGUUCAUGGUGGCCUUCCGCAACAACCACGGCUGGAGCCGCUACUGGGAGGGCGCCACCCUGCUGCAGCAGACGCGCGGCGAGUGGUUCAACGCCAUGAGCUCCACCUUCGCCUUCUGCAACCAAGCGCCGGAGUACAAGGAGCAGGUGCAGACCUUCCAGGCGCUCACCGUGCGCUUGAUGAGUCUGCUCUUCUCCUCCGCGGUGACCUCGGUCUCGGACCUCUGCGACUUCGAGGUCAUCGAUAUGAAGGGCCUGGCGCCUCAGAAUCUGGAGUUCCUGCUGGCGGACUUCCGUGAGAACCAUCACACGAGGUGCGAGAUCCUCAUUCAGUGGAUGCAGAAGGCCAUCGUGAAUGGCCACAACGAGGGUACCCUUCACAUCCCGCCGCCCAUCUUGUCGCGGGUCUUCCAAGAACUCUCCCGCGGCAUGGUGAAUAUCCAAAACGCCCGGAAGAUCAACGACCUGCCGUAUCCUUUCCACUGUGCGCAGCUUUUGACUGUGAUGCUCCUGGUCUACACUGUGGGGAUCACCAUCGGCUCCGCCUACACCUUCGAGACCUGGCAAUCUGCGGCUCUGGUCACGCUGCUGAACGUCUUCAGCUUGUGGUGCGUGAACUACGGGGCGGUGGAGAUGGAGCAUCCCUUCUGCUCCGGGAGCCAUGGCUUGCCUCUCCACAAAGAGGUGCAGAGCAUGAACGAAUGCCUGAUGAUUCUUAUGCUCGAGAAGACCCAGACGGUGCCUUCGCUGGUCGCCGGAGCUGCGGAUUUGCCCAUGACCGAGGUGAUGAACAAGACGCGUCCCAUCAACCACGACCUGCCAGAGAUGCGGAUGGUGUCCUUCUUCGAUUCGCAGGCAGUGGUUCGGAAGACCAUGCGUGGGCGCCCCACGGUGCGAUCCAUGCGGCUGAAGGAGGAGGGCGACGGGGAGCUGGGGGACGAAGCGGCUACCUUGGGCAAGGACCGGGAGCCGCCCAGGCACCGCGAGCUGCCGAGACGGGAGAUGUGA